AUGAACGGAGCGAGCGUCUGCAUCAUGCCCACCCUGGCUUGCACUUAUUUGGUUAGGCUGAGGAAUGCCUCAAGUGUCACAGCCGAGGGUCCCGUGGUCAAUGUUAGGAGCCUUCUGUCGAGUGAGCUGGAUGACGAGGUGGUCGUGCCCUCGGGAAGGGAUGCUUGUUGGCGUUGGUCAGGCUCCGACCGAUUGACGGCUCGUCCUUGCGCAUUGGAUGGCGACCCUUGGGUUGAGACGCUUGCGGCUCGCGAGUGGUCAUUCGCUUGCAGAAAUGGCCCUCAUAGGGCGAUCCCCGACUUUGGCCCCUUCGAUGAGCAAGUGUUGAUGAUUUUAGUGCUGUGGACGGUGGUAACGACGGCGUACAUAGGGAUCGCUAAGGGCCAUCGCCACCAUCGGCGGGCAGGUGGUGCGACGGAGCUAGAAGCCUUGCACUUCGCGGCGGCGGGGGCAGGAGGAUGUCGGGCCCACAUGGCCAGCCUGACGGACUUCGGCGGGGUGGGCGACGGGGUGACCUCCAACACGGCGGCCUUUGCAGCGGCCGUGGCCAACCUCAAUCCACUUGCAACCGAUGGAGGCACAGUGCUUUUCUUAGACAGAGGGCUAUGGAUUCAAGGAGCGUUCUCUCUAACCCCAAAUGAAACUCUAUACCUAUGGAAAGAUGCUAUAUUAUACAAGGCUAUGGAUAUCAACGAGUGGUCGAUCAUUGACCCUUUGCCCUCCUACGGUAGAGGAAGAGAUGCGUCUGGGGGUAGAUACAGUAAUCUCAUCAUGGGAUAUAACCUAACCGAUGUGGUCAUAACAGGGAAUAAUGGAACUAUCGAUGGACAAGGUGAAACCUGGUGGAAAAUGUUCCGUAACAAAGAACUCAAUUACACUCGUGGAUACCUCAUUGAAUUGAUGUACUGCAAACAAGUGCUGAUUUCCAACAUUACAUUGGUUAACUCUCCAUCGUGGAAUGUCCAUCCAGUGUACAGCAGCCACGUAAUCGUCUCAGGCAUCACAAUUCUUGCACCGGUCAACUCUCCCAACACUGAUGGGAUCGAUCCAGACUCAUCCUCCAAUGUCCGCAUUGAGGACUGCUACAUAGUCUCAGGCGAUGACUGCAUCGCCAUUAAAAGCGGUUGGGAUGAGUACGGGAUUGCAUUCAACAUGUCAAGCAAACACAUAGUGAUCAGACGGCUCACCUGCAUCUCCCCCACGAGCGCUGUCAUCGCCCUGGGAAGCGAGAUGUCGGGAGGAAUCCAAGAUGUCCGGGCCGAAGACAUCACGGCCAUCCACUCCGAAUCCGGCGUCAGGAUCAAGACGACCAUCGGAAGGGGAGCUUACGUGAAGGACAUAUUCGUGAGAAGAAUGAAUCUGCACACGAUGAAGUGGGUCUUCUGGAUGACGGGCACCUACGGGCAGCACCCGGACGACAAAUUUGAUCCGAAAGCCAUUCCGGUGGUGCAGAAUAUCAGUUACAGCAACGUGGUGGCCGAGAACGUGACCAUGGCCGCGAAGCUGGAGGGGAUUCCCGGCGCGCCCUUCACCGGAAUAUGCAUCUACAAUGUGACGGCGGAGGUGGUGAAGUCGAAGAAGCCGAUUUGGAACUGCACCGACGUGGAGGGCGUAUCGAGUCACGUGACGCCCACUCCCUGUGCGCAGAUUCCGGAAUAUCCAGAUCGUAUAACGCAUUGCCCCUUCCCUGAAGAUGAUCUACCUGUGAAUGGUGUUGGGCUAGAGGAGUGUGCUUAUCACAGAGCCAAGCCAUGA